CCUGUGUGUCCACGGCGGAUGUAUUAAAGUGUUCCAUCCAGCUUUUGGAAUAACCUCAACUCAUCAACAACCGAGGGCACUUUCACUUUAUAGAGGAAGCCAUCACCCGUAGGAGAAGCAACAGCAGGGAUAUUGCAUAGACACAAACCCGUCGAUCGUUCGUAACCUACUUUAUAUGCCAAAUAUGUACCGUGAAGCAUCGCACGCUGGUAGCUGGUAUACGGAUUCGGGACCCGAACUGAAUCGUCAACUAAACAAGUGGCUAGAUGAUGCCGACCUUACCUUCGGGCCUGCCCGUGCCAUCAUUGCCCCCCAUGCUGGGUACCGUUAUUGCGGUGCUUGUGGUGCAUGGGCCUACCGACAAAUUAGUCCAGCCGUAGUCAAACGUGUGUUCAUUUUGGGACCAUCGCAUCAUGUGCGCCUUUCCCGCUGUGCCCUCUCCGCUGCUCAGUACUGCCGUACGCCGCUGUACGAUCUGAAGGUUGACCAGCAAAUCAAUUCUGAGCUCGAGGCUACUGGCCAUUUCAAGUGGAUGGACCAAAAGACGGAUGAAGAUGAGCAUAGUAUUGAGAUGCAUCUUCCAUACGUGGCGAAAGUGAUGGAAAAUUUCAGGGAUCAGUUCACCAUUGUCCCUGUGAUGGUGGGCUCCAUCAGCACGGAGUGGGAAGAAACCUACGGUAAAAUCUUCGCCCCUUACCUGGCCGAUCCUCAGAAUUUGUUUGUCAUUUCGUCCGAUUUUUGUCACUGGGGGCAACGAUUCCGGUACACGUACUAUGAGGAAGGUUCCGGUCCGAUCUACAAGUGGAUCGAAACACUGGAUAAGAUGGGAAUGGAUUUGAUCGAAACGCUCAAGGCGGAUAGCUUUAGCGAAUACCUACGAAAGUACAACAAUACCAUCUGUGGGCGUCAUCCGAUCGGCGUGCUGAUGCAGUCCGUCGAAGAACUGAAACGCCGUGGUUACCGAAUGAGCUUCAAAUUUCUGAAGUAUGACCAAAGCAAUCAGUGCUGUGAUAAGAAAGACUCCAGCGUCAGCUAUGCCUCCGGUUCGUUGAUUUUUGAGUGAGGUGUUGUUUGUUUUUCGUUUUUUUCUCUCAUCUGCUCUGCGUCGAUUGAACGCAGUGGGCCAUUAUUCACUGCUUCCACGUCACGUCGAAUUAAGUUUUUCUUUUUUUUCUUAGUUUGAAGGCAAUUUUCUACGUUUUUGCAAGGUUUAAUACGUUUGAUGUGAGGCGUGUGUUUUUCUUCUUUUCAACAGGCUCAUGUGUAAUCGUUUAAUUUAAUUCAUUUCUCAUUUGAAUGUAAUUUUUAAGGAAUUAGCAUACAAGAACGUAUAGAUUUUAUGCGAAACGAACAAACAAUAUUCAUUUUUUUUCACCUAUGAGAUGAUUCUGUCCGUGGACAUGCAGGAAAUGGUGUCUAUCAAUUGAAAUUUCUCCCAUAAGAUUCUCAUUGUAAGUAUGAAUUUAAAAUUUCUUGUGGUUGAAAUUCAUUCAUGAAGGCAGCCACGAAAACAAAGAAAGCUAGCAUAUGCGAUCAGAGAUAAAAUAAAAUAUUGAAUUAUUUUUUUAACCAUCGUUGUCUUUAGAGUGCUAUGCAGUAAGAAAUAAAACAAGUCGAAGUGCAA